CGUCCACCUUCACUGUCUUCGGGCUAGCCGCUUAAGCUAAUAAAUCGCAUCGUCACGCAACGGCAAACCUAUCACAUCUACGACGGACUUAGGUAUCGCGAAGAACACCGAGCGAACUCCCUACGAGCCAAGAAGCAAUCAAUUACGAACCUAGUGCAGAAAAUCAUCUAAAGUGAGACCGAAGUGCAAUAGGAACAGGAGCCCGCAAUCUACUGGACAUAAAUCAGGACGGCAUAACUGUGAGGUCUUUCCAAUUCCUAUUCAUUAUUUAGACUCGAUGGUUUUCAUUUCAAUUCAUAUUUCAUAAUAAAAAGAACAUUUUCAAAAAAAAACAUUGCAUACGGCAAGUUAAACUUUGGCGUAAUUGUGUUGCUUAACAUUGCUUCGAUCUCAAAACCAUUACAAUUAAAUCGCGUUAUAUUCAUAACUUAUACAUUAAAUACAUACACAUAAAUAAACAUAUAAAAAAUUAUACAUACGUUAAAUAACAUAUUCAACGAGAUCUUAUUGUUUACAAUUAAGUACUAAUUUUAUUCAUAACCACACGUAUGUGCAGUAAAGACUAACAUAUCAUACAGUAAACAAUAAGAUAACGUAUAUUUCAUGUGUAUUUGGCAUAAGCAAAAUCAGCAUAAAGGUAAUCCAAUUUGCGUACGAAUCCAUUUCAUUCACAUAUUAUUAUCAUAGUUAACAUUCAUAUUGCAAAGUCGUCGAACAUUCCACAAAAUAUUCCAUAUCUAUUUUCAUAGUCAAUAGGUGGGUAUACCUACAAUAAUUAUUGCAUAGUAAAAGUUGAAUGCCUCAUUAAAUAUUUUAGCAAUAGCACAAGUUGUGUCGGACAGAGAAAUAGUAUCAGCGCCUGCAUAAGUGCACGGGCAAAAGUUACAUUGUUACCUUGCUAAUAGAAUAUAUUCAGGCAUUUCAACUAUUGCCUUAAAUUAAAAAUAAAAAUUAAUUGUAAAUUAUUGCUAUUAGUUUUUCAACAGGGUAGUGCUUGGCGCUUAUAAUAAUUACCAGUUUGCUUCAUUUAAUUCUUAUAACUGCAUAAUGACUACCGAGGCUAGAUGCAAAGAAUUAAUAAAGAAGCGCGCUUCAAUGAAAGCUAAGCUUACACAGUUUAUCGCCUAUUUAAAUACUGCGAAAACUUGUGAACAACUCAGUGAUUCGCAGUUAGUGGAAUUAGACAUGCGUAUUAAAAAACUUAAUGAUUCGUACGAUUCUUUUGAUACUCACCAGAGCGAAUUGGAGAUGCUAGCUGAGGAUCCUGCCGAGCAAUAUGCUGAACGCGAGCUGUUCGAGCGGUCUUACUACAAAGAGAUUGCCGCCGCUCGGGAGCUCGUGGACAGGCACCGCAGCCAACGCGCCAGGGAGGUUCAAUCCGAGGUAGGCUUCAAUGAAUGCCCAACAAUAGUGUCUUAUAAGCACAACAACGUAAGGUUGCCAAAAAUUAAUUUACCGCACUUUAGCGGUGGUUAUCAGAAUUGGCUGGAGUUUAAAGACAUUUAUGUUUCCCUUAUUCAUUCUGAGACAAGUAUCGACAACAUUAACAAGUUUCAUUACCUACGCGCCUCUCUUCAUGGAAGCGCGGCCUUGGUGAUUAGGAGCUUGGACUUUAAGGGCGAUAACUACAAUGCCGCUUGGAAACUCCUUUGUGAACGAUACGACAACAAACAGUUGCUUGUCAAUAAUCAUGUGCAGGCACUUUUUAAUAUUGAACAGGUGCAUAAAGAGUCAAGUACAGCCUUGCGCCAGAUUGUUGACAACACUAAAAAGAAUUUAAAUGCCUUAGCAACUUUAGACCAGCCCGUACAGCAUUGGGAUACAUUAAUUAUCCACAUAAUGGCAGCCAAAUUAGAUGGAGUUACAAGUAGGGAAUGGGAAGAACAUAGGAAUCAGAUGACAAACCCUCCUGCACUUAGCGAUUUUGUAACGUUUCUUAGCAAUAGGUGCAAUCUUUUGGAAACUUUAGAAGAAGCCAAGCAUAACAGGGUUAGAACGGACACAUCUGUCAACAAUAAGCCAAAAAGCCUUCUGGCUUCAGCGAGUAACGUUAAUAAGCCUAAAACAUAUAACAUUACUUGCCCUUUAUGUAAUAAAGCUCAUUACGUCUUCAAUUGCGAAAAUUACAAGGCUUUGCCAGUAGAGCAACGCGUGCUUAAGGCAAAGGAAUAUAAGGUAUGCCUCAAUUGCUUACGUCCCGGUCAUAACGACAGUAAGUGCAAACUUAGUCACUGCAAGUAUUGCAAGACCAAGCAUAACACACUUCUUCACGUCCAUACGGAACCUAAGACCGCGUCAGAACACUUAGCCUUUUCCGCGAAUGCCCACGAUGUUGAUGAGUCCGAGGAAUCCGAACAUGUCUUGCUUUCAACAGCCCUAGUCAAAGUGCGCGAUAGUGAGGGGAAAUUGCACAGCGUUAGGGUCUUAUUAGAUAAUGGCAGUACAUCUAACUACAUAACUCAGGACUUAUCUCAGAGACUGAAACUGCCGAUUAAAAAUGUCAAAACUACAGUGUCCAUGCUUGAGAAGCAUGAAUCAAAUAUCACCCAAUCAUGCUCUCUUACAUUGGAGUCUUAUGAUGGGGGUUAUAGCACUGACAUAAAGUGCAGCAUAUUGUCCGAAAUUACGUCACCAAUACCUUAUACAUACAUUGACGCAACGGACGUACCCAUGCCUUCGGGAAUUUGCCUCGCCGAUCCUUCAUACAGCGAACCCGCUGACAUUGAGAUUCUUCUUGGGGCAAAAAUCUUUUGGAACGUUCUCGGCACCAAUCGCAUUAUCUUAGGCAAAAAUGAACCCUUCCUCGUUGAGACAAAGCUAGGUUGGCUCUUAGUAGGUGCCAUAGAUCAACCUACCUCUGUCAAACCAGUUUGCUUGUUUUUGACCGACAAACAAACUGACACGACCCUUACGAAAUUCUGGGAACUUGAUACCAUAUCCCCGAAACAUGACUUCACAUCGGACGAAAACGCAUGUGAAGAACUCUUUAACAAAACCACUAAGAGAGAUAAAGACGGGCGUUUCGUAGUUACCGUGCCUCUGAAGGAAUCUCCCGAUUCCUUAGGAGACUCGUUCGGGAUAGCCAAGCGCAGGUUUUUAUCGCUCGAACGCAGGUUAGAUAGGGACUCCUUAUUAAAGGAGCGCUAUGUAAAUUUCAUGGAGGAAUAUGAGGCUUUGGGUCAUAUGAGUGAAACGUUGCCUUGCAGUUCAUUACCGUCGUAUUAUUUGCCCCACCACGCCGUGUUAAGAGAGUCUAGCACGACUACUAAGCUUCGCGUGGUAUUCGACGCUUCAGCUGCCACUACAUCAGGAAAAUCUUUUAACGACAUCCAAUUAAUAGGACCCAGGGUUCAGGAUGACUUAUUUUCCAUCUUACUACGGUUUCGUCAACAUAAAUAUGUAGUGUCAGCUGACAUCGAGAAAAUGUAUCGGCAAAUUCUUGUGGACGAUGAACAACGUCAACUUCAGUUGAUCUUAUGGAGGGCAGACCCUUCAAAGCCGCUUAAAAUUUAUUCCCUUAAUACCGUGACUUACGGGACAUCAUCAGCUCCGUUUCUGAGUACGCGGUGCCUCUUACAGCUAUCACAAGAGUCCAGUGACAAGCAAACGCAGGAAGCGAUCGCCAGGGACUUUUAUGUAGAUGACUUCCUAUCUGGCUCUCAUUCUAUAGAUGAUACUAUGGCACUGUGUCGUAAUGUAACAGAUACGCUAAAAAAUGCUAAAUUCCACUUACGCAAAUGGCAGUCCAAUAAUAAACAAAUUCUUAAAGCCGUCGGUGAGGACCCAUGCCUGAAAGAAUGUGUGGAUCUAAGCGAGAACGAGCUAUCUAAAACGUUGGGUCUUAAUUGGAGAUGCACUCAAGAUAGCCUUACGUUUCGCAUAGACAUCUCGUUACCAAAAGUAGUCACUAAAAGACACAUUCUGUCAGUCAUAGCCCAAAUUUUUGACCCUCUAGGAUUAGUAACGCCUUGCAUAGUACAGGCGAAAAUACUUAUGCAGAAACUUUGGGUAAACCAGUGUUCUUGGGAUGAUCCGCUUACAGGAGACAUACUUACAUCCUGGGAGUACUUUGUCAAAUCUCUGCCUUUUCUUAACAACGUUCAUAUACCUCGCUGGGCCUUGUGUGAUACUCCUACGGCUGUUGAUUUCCACGUCUUCACUGAUGCGUCGGAGAAAGCAUACGGAGCUUGCCUGUACGUCCGCUCCGUGGCCGGGGAUGGCUCAGUGAGUGUUCACCUACUGGCUUCUAAAAGUAAAGUCGCGCCGAUUAAAGCUACAACUAUUCCUCGUCUUGAGCUUUGCGGGGCCUUAUUAGGCGCAAGGUUGUGCACAAAGGUUCUAGAGUCACUUACCCGGAAACCAGACCAUUGCGUAUUUUGGUGUGACUCGAUGAUAGUCAUGGGUUGGCUAUCAUCAUCUCCUUGUUCAUUACGGCCUUUUGUCAAAAACCGGAUAUCAGAGAUCCAGGAAAGCUCCAAAGCCGCUUCUUGGCGCUACGUACCUUCAAAGGAGAAUCCUGCAGAUCUGGUAUCUCGAGGUUUAGGUGCCGACCUCAUAAUGAACUCUUCCUUGUGGUGGUCGGGACCAUCAUUCUUGAAGCAGAACAUGGCCUAUUGGCCGUCUGCCCCAAGGUCUGGUAACCAGUCUCCACUGCCAGAGAUGUUACCGGCUAAAGCAUUUGUCGCAUGUCCCCCCCCUGAUAACUCUUGCAACCCAAUAGAACAUUUAAUUAAAAACAAAUCAUCAUAUUCAAAAUUGCAACGGAUAAUAGCGUAUACACUUAGAUUCAUCCACAAUUGUAAAAAAGAAAAUACUAAGACAACCGGUGGUCUUACGUUAGUUGAGCUAGAAUCGGCUUCAGUUCUACUUCUUCGCAGGUCCCAACAAGACUCUUUUCCUGACGAGUACGAACUUCUUAAAACAGGCAAACCAUUGCCAAAGAAAAGCCGGCUUAGUUCGCUAUCGCCAUUUUUUGAUUCAGGGCUUAUUAGAGUCGGGGGUCGACUUGUCAACUCAUUCUAUGACUAUGGCAUAAAGCAUCCUAUAGUCAUUUGUAGUAAGCAUCAUCUUGCAAGGCUGCUUUUUAAAAUGUUCCACUUACGUCUACUUCACGCGCCUCCUCAAUUACUUCUAGCGACUAUAAAACUUAACUACUGGCCGCUCGGAGGAAGAAACUUGGCAAAACAGGUUGUCCAUACUUGUCUCAAAUGUGUUCGAUUGAAGGGUGAAACAGUGCAACCAAUAAUGGGUAACUUGCCGAAGGAAAGGUUGCACCUUGAAUAUCCGUUCCUUGAAACAGGCACCGAUUAUGCCGGUCCAAUUCUUAUAGCUGACCGCAAAGGUAGGGGGUGUAGGCUCGUAAAGGCCUACAUUUGCAUAUUUGUGUGUUUAGCAUCCAAGGCACUUCAUUUGGAGCUUGUUUCGGAUUUAACCAAGGAGGCUUUUAUGGCAGCUCUUAACCGAUUUAUUGGUCGUCGUGGCAAGCCAAAGGUAAUCUUCUCAGAUAAUGGCACGACCUUUGUUGGUACCUUCAAUGAGCUCUCAAACCUAUUAAAACAAGACUUUGCGGCAGAUAUGGCCGACGCGCAAAUCAAUUUCUCUUUCAUCCCAGCAUACACACCUCACUUCGGAGGAAUCUGGGAGUCUGCGGUGAAGUCGGUAAAGUACCACCUGCGACGAACCCUAGGUCUUACACACCUCACCUAUGAGUUAUUGGCGACGUGUUUAGUAAAGAUCGAAGCGAUUUUAAACUCACGUCCUCUUACGCCACUUUCUAAUGAUCCAUCUGAUCUAUCCUUUUUGAGUCCAUCUCACUUCUUGAUUGGAAGGCCUCUCACGUCUUUGCCUUACCCUCAGCUUACUGACCGAAAGAUUACCUCACUACAAAGGUACCAGCGCAUCGAGUUCCUGAAACAGCACUUCUGGAACAGGUUCUCCACUGAGUAUAUUUCUGGUCUACAACAGAGAACCAAAUGGCAGAGCUCAAGGGGCAAACUCGACGUCGGAACCAUGGUAGUAAUCAAGGACAAGAAUCUACCGCCGCUUAUGUGGCUGCUCGGCCGCAUCGUCCAAGUGCUGCCUGGCAGAGAUGGCAUCGCAAGAGUAGCCGACAUAAAGACGAAAAAGGGAGUCAUUCGUCGGGCCUUCAACACAAUUUGUCCUCUACCCAUCCAAGAUCUUGAAGACCCAAGGUCUUCAACGCCGGGAGUAUAUGUUGGCGACAAACCCGCCACCGCAUCAAAUUAACUACCCAAGCAACAGCGAUGACGUCCACCUUCACGUCACCGGACCGGUUAGCCGGCGACGGGCCCGGGGGCCGGUCCGCGGGGGGACGUCAGAUUCGAAACAACAGCUCGCGCAACGACACAUGUCGCGU